AUUAAACUGAGACGAACGGCAAACGCCCGAGAGAGAGAUCGAACCUACAACGUUAACAAUGCCUUUCACCAUUUGCGAUCCAUCAUACCCACUGAGCCAGCUGAUCGAAAGCUAUCGAAGAUUGAAACUAUCAGACUGGCCACCAGCUACAUCGCUCACCUUCACACCGUCAUCAACACCGACCUUCACCUGCACCAACAACCAUGCCUGAUGAGUGGUGCCUGUGAAGGCGUUGACGAUGGUGGGGACAAUGGGCCGACCAUCAUCUGCACGUUCUGCCUCAGCGCUUCAAAGGCCCAUUCAAAUGGGGUUACGUUCUGA